AUGGCAGGAGGAGGGAAGUUGCUGGUCUCCACUCUUCUGGAUGCCAAGGAUGAGUUGGAGGAGAGACUAGAAAGAUGCGUGGGCAUCGUGACUUCAUUAACCAACGGGCUGUCGGAGAGGGAAGCUAACGACGCCCUCAACGCUCAUAUAUGUAAAGGAACCCCCCAGCACGAAGAGAUCUGCCUGGGUCUUUUCACUCUGGUCUUGACCGAACCUGCUCAGGCACAGAAGUGCUACCGGGACUUGGCACUGGUGAGCCGAGAUGGCAUGAACAUCGUUCUUAACAAGAUCAACCAUAUUCUCAUGGAGAAGUACUUGAAGCUUCAGGACACCUGUCGGACCCAGCUGGUGUGGUUGCUGCGGGAGCUGGUGAAGAGCGGGGGGCUCGGUGCGGACGGGGGCUGCAUGGACUUCUGUUGCUCUUUGCUUUCAGGCGGGGAUGUGACGGCGAAGAACAUCUGGCUGGCCGAAAACGUUCUGGAGAUACUGACCGAGCAAAGAGAGUGGGUACUGAAAAGCAGCCUCUUGAUAGCCAUGGCGGUGUACACGUACCUACGGCUCAUCGUGGACCAUCACAGCACGCCUCAGCUCCAGGUGCUUCGUCAAAAGGAGGUGGAUUUCUGCAUCUCCCUCCUCCGUGAACGGUUCAUGGACUGUUUCAUGAUCGGCCGGGACCUCGUGCGAUUGCUGCAAAACGUUGCAAGGAUACCCGAGUUCGAGCAGCUCUGGAAGGACAUCAUCCACAACCCGCAGGUCCUCAGCGCCCAGUUCACAGGUGUCCUGCAGCUCCUCCAGUCGAGGACUUCUCGCAAAUUCCUGGCGUGUCGCCUCACUCCCGACAUGGAAACCAAACUGCUCUUCAUGACCUCACGGGUCCGGUUCGGCCAGCAGAAGCGGUACCAGGACUGGUUUCAGCGGCAGUACCUGUCCACCCCGGACAGCCAGUCCCUGCGCUGCGACCUCAUACGCUACAUCUGUGGUGUGGUCCACCCUUCCAACGAGGUGCUCAGCUCCGACAUCCUCCCGCGUUGGGCCAUCAUCGGGUGGCUGCUCACCACCUGCACGUCCAACGUUGCUGCUUCAAAUGCCAAACUGGCCCUGUUCUAUGACUGGCUCUUCUUCAACCCCGAGAAGGACAGCAUCAUGAAUAUAGAGCCUGCCAUUCUGGUGAUGCAUCACUCCAUGAAGCCUCACCCUGCCAUCACUGCCACGCUGCUGGAUUUCAUGUGCCGGAUCAUUCCCAACUUCUACCCCCCGCUGGAGGCUCACGUCCGGCAAGGCGUGUUCAACUCUCUCACCCACAUUGUGGAGAAGCGAGUCCUUGCACAUCUGGCCCCUCUCUUCGACAACCCCAAGUUGGACAAAGAGCUCCGCGCCAUGCUGAGGGAGAAAUUCCCAGAGUUUUGCAGUUCGCCCUCGCCCCCCAUCGAAGUCAAGAUUGAAGAACCCGUUUCCAUGGAGAUGGACAAUCACAUGGCAGAGAAGGAUGACAGUUGCUAUGACAACGCCGAGGCAGCGUUCAGUGAUGAUGAAGACGACUUGAACAACAAAGGGAAGAAGAGGGAGUUCAGGUUUCAUCCGAUCAAAGAAACCAUUGUGGAGGAGCCUGUUGAUAUCACGCCGUUCCUGGACCAGCUGGAUGAGUCACUGAAGGAUAAAGUCCUGCAGCUGCAGAAGGGAAGUGAUACGGAAGCUCAGUGUGAGGUCAUGCAGGAAAUCGUGGAUCAAGUCCUGGAGGAGGACUUCGACUCGGAGCAGUUAUCAGUGCUCGCAUCCUGCCUCCAGGAGCUAUUUAAGGCUCACUUCCGUGGUGAGGUUUUGCCAGAAGAAAUCACGGAGGAGUCUCUGGAGGAGUCAGUGGGGAAGCCUCUCUACCUAAUAUUUAGGAACCUCUGCCAGAUGCAGGAGGAUAACAGCGGUUUCUCGCUGCUGCUGGAUCUCCUGUCAGAGCUCUAUCAGAAGCAACCCAAGAUCGGCUACCACCUCCUCUACUAUUUAAAAGCCAGCAAAGCUGCGGCGGGGAAGAUGAACCUGUACGAGUCCUUCGCCCAGGCCACGCAGCUGGGGGACCUGCACACGUGUCUGAUGAUGGACAUGAAGGCCUGCCAGGAAGACGACGUACGGCUGCUCUGCUACCUCACCCCUUCCAUUUACACGGAGUUCCCAGACGAGACCCUACGAAGCGGCGAGCUGCUGAACAUGAUUGUAGCUGUCAUAGACUCAUUCCAGUUGCAGGAGCUGGUGUGCCACGUGAUGAUGGGGAACCUCGUCAUGUUUCGGAAAGACUCGGUGCUGAACAUCCUGAUUCAAAGCCUGGACUGGGAGACCUUUGAGCAAUACUGCACCUGGCAGCUCUUCCUGGCGCACAGCAUUCCUCUGGAGACCAUCAUCCCCAUCCUGCAGCACCUCAAAUACAAAGAGCACCCUGAGGCGUUAUCCUGCCUGCUGCUGCAGCUGAGGCGAGAGAAGCCCAGCGAGGAGAUGGUGAAGAUGGUGCUGAGCCGACCCUGCCACCCCGACGACCAGUUCACCACCAGCAUCCUGCGCCACUGGUGCAUCAAACACGACGACCUCUUGGCCGAGCACAUCAAGUCGCUGCUGAUCAAGAACAACAGCCUACCACGCAAACGCCAAAGCCUGCGCAGCUCCAGUAGCAAACUGGCCCAGCUCACCCUGGAGCAGAUCCUGGAGCAUCUGGACAACCUCCGCCUCAACCUGACCAACACCAAACAGAACUUUUUCAGCCAAACCCCGAUCCUACAGGCGCUGCAGCACGUCCAGGCCAGCUGCGACGAAGCCCACAAGAUGAAGUGA